AUGAAGGAAAAAUUUUACCUUGCAUUUAAAAAUGAAUUGGAUUUGAUCCAAAAACUAUAGUUAUACCCAUUGCUAAAAUAAAUUACCAUAUGGACAGACAACUUAUUGGAGAAUUAAUAGCUUUCAGUACAGGAAAAAUUAUUAAAAGAACUGUCUAGUAAUUAAUAUAAUUUCGAGAGAAUUAUACAAGAUUGUUGUAAUAAUUUAGGAGAACAAAAUAAUUUGAAUCUUCUUUGUUUAUUAACAUUAGUUUUUGGUUUAAUUGUUCCAAUUAAAUUGAUUGAAGAUGAAAACAUUGGAUACAUUAUCGAAAGAUACUAUUGUACAAUAUUUUAUUAUUAUAAAUUUAGGCUAACAUUCAAACACCAUCAAAUUAUUGGUUUCUUUGUUCAAAAAAUUUAGAUUCAAUAAUUUAUUGAUUCUUUUACCUACUAUUUAUGACUAAGAAAUCAAUUAUGUUACAUAAUCAAUCAAGAUUAAUUUAUUUGAUAGAACUUAUGUGACAAUUUAGAAUUUAAUUCAAGAAUAUAAAUAAAAUGUAUGAUGUAUCAAUCAUUUAUUAGAAAUAAUAAGAUUUCUUUGCUUAAAUUAUUUAGUAAUCUUAAGACUUAGAAAUAUAUUCAUCAAAUUAAAUGCAUUUAUCUUUAAUAAAAUAAAUAAAAAAAUUCAUUGAAUAUGAAAUAUAAGAAUUUGCAGAUAAAUAUGUGGAUCUAGAACUAAAUGAUUAUUAUGAUUCAAUUUCAGUGUUUAAAAAUGUCAAAGUGGUUNCAAUGUGA